AUGAAGUCAUUCGCAUCUGCUCUGGCUGUUCUCAGCGUCUUCUACUCCUCCGCCCUAGCCUCCCCAGUCGAGGCCACUACUGAGGCCGCCGAGGCCGCCGAGGCCGUCAGUGUGUCCGUCUCCUACGACACUGUGUUUGAUACCGGCAGCCAGUCCAUCGACACUGUCUCUUGCUCCAACCUUAACUACGCGACCUUUGCCGACAUCCCGGGCUUCCCCAACAUCGGAGGUGCCCCCACCGUGUCGGGCUGGGGCAGUCCCAACUGCGGAAAGUGCUACCAGCUGACCUACGGCAGCACCUCGAUCUACGUGACGGCCAUUGAUGCUGCCCCCGGUGGCUUCAAUAUUGCCGAGGCGGCCAUGAACAGCCUGACCAACAACCAGGCCGUUGCGCUGGGUCGGGUUACAGCGACCUACACCGAGGUGGAUUCAUCAUUCUGUGUAUGA